GUGGCCUGGUUGAUGGGGAGUGGGAAGGAGUAAGGAUGAAGAGCCCCUCCUGUGCGUAGCUUCAAAUCAAGCCUGGAGAGGAAGCCUCCAGGCCAGAGCACAGCGGGGCAGCACCAAGCCUGGGAAGGGCAGGGGCCUGCGGCUCUCUUGCUCCCUGCUUUGCACGCGGUACGCCUGUCGAGACCACACUGGAGGCAGUGGCCUUGAACAUACUUCUGUUUUGCUGGCCGCUUAUAGAUCUAUCGCAUGCCUGCCUCUCCCUGGCCAAUACCCACCAAGAGCAGAGGCUGCCACUGGCCCCGGGGCACGCAUGAGCUGCCAACACCUCCCCUGCACCUUGGGAAGCUAUGGCUGACCCGGAUGCACCUGUUGGGGGCCCUGGGCACCACCUGCCUACUAGCCAGACGCCCAUCCUCACCAUGCUGGUUGGUUCCAUGCAUCUCACUCUCAACAUGACCCUUGAAAAGACGUUCGAGGACCCUAGCUUGCACGCACACUACGCCACUGGCUUCCCCAGUAUGCCAGAAGAGUCCCUUCCUCACAGGCCUGGGAAAUGGAGACGCGUGGGUGGGAAGGUCAGCCCUCCUGGCUCCGGCUGUCGUGGCCUUUGGACGGGUCUGAGGCAGAGAACAGGCUUCCCUGGCUUCAGUACUCUUGUUAUGUCUCCUCCCCCCACUCCCCCAUAUAUCAUCUUUAACAGGGUCCUCGGUUGCCCACUUCCCCUCCUCACCCCUUGCCCCCCUCCCCCUGCUUUAGCUCUUACUUGCCACGACAUUGAUAGCACAAGGUCCUCUAAGGCUCCCACCCAUGCGUCAACGCCUGGUGUGUCUUGCAGUGUGCGGUGACCAGCACCAUCCCCCCCCCCCCCCGCCCCAGCAGGAGUCUGUGGUCCUUGAAAGGAUCAGAAGAGGGGUGUAAAAUGUCUGAGUCCCAAACCUAUCUCAAAAUCUUAGGAUGUAAGAGGCAAGGGGUACAUCCGCCAGAGAGUCUGCGCCUCUAAUAGCCUUUUUGGACAGUGGUGGUGAGAAGGGGCUGAGGGCAGUGAGAGGGAAGUGCCCCUGAGAGAUGGUUUUGUCACAGGUUCUCCUUCAGUGGUCUCUUGACUGGAAUUCUGGUGGCUAACUUAUCUGAAGACCCCUCCUAUCACCCUCAACCCAGAGAGAAGCUGAACCUCCAGCUCCUCUGAAAUCAGCACAGCCCAAUGCUUGGUGGCCCUGGCAACUAGGCUGGCUUGGGAAGGAAGAGUAUAGAACCCCUGGGCGGAGGGGGGGGGGGAGGCUGGGAACACAGGGGCUGGACGCCUAGAGUGGGAAGUGGCGCUGCGGUAAGGGCCGUCCCCUAAUCGCCAGGACUGCGCACUCCCGACCCAGUUCCACUCACGUUAGCCUCACUUCGCUGCUCCCUUAGCAGUCAGCUCAGAUCCGUGGAGACGCCCACACACUCCCCGCCCCUGCGAUCCCGGCCCAGGGGUGUUUGGGGUGGGGAGGAGGCCGCCUCUCCCAGACUUUCCCAAUGUCCAGCGGCCCGGGGCGCGCGAGGGUUAACCCCGCGGGGUGGGGACUCUGGAGCAGUCGGCGGAGGCAGAGGGAGGGAGGGGGCAGGAGGCGACCAGAGGCGCGGGAGCCGGCCGGGGUCGAGCCUUGGAGAAGGCCGCUGGAGCCCCGCGUGUCGCCGGCCACCGGGCAGUCACUGGGGCACACGCUGCGCGCAGCGAGGGGCCACCGCAGACCCUCUGCCCCAAACUUCAAGUCCGGAGCAGGGGUGAGACGCUGGGCAUCAAGACGGGUGGCAACCUGUCCGGACGCUGUCCCCCUCCCCGGAGACCGCCACCUCCACCCGACCUCUGCCGAGUCUCAGCCCCUACUCUGGCCACUACAUUGCCUUUGGCCCGGGAUGAAGCCCGGAGGCGGUGGCCCCCCGGCGGCCCCGGACUCCGAGCCGGCCGGCGUGCCCCUGGUUCUGCCGCGGCCCUGGGGCUGUCCCGCUGACGUGCGGCUCUGCGGCCACCUGCGGAAGCAGAAGUCCCAGCGCCGCCGCUUCUUCGUGCUCCGCGCCGACCCGCCGCGCCUCGAGUGCUACGAGAGCGAGAAGAAGUUCCGCGCCGGCCGAGCGCCGCCCAAGCUCAGCGUGAGCCUGGCGGGUGCGUGCACCAUCAGCAAGCGCGUGGACGCGCGCCAGCGCCACCUGAUCGUCCUGUACACGCGCGACCGCAGCCUGGGCGUGGCGGCGGCCUGCGAGGCGGAGCAGCAGGCGUGGUACAGCGCCCUGCUCGAGGCGCGCGCGGCCGCCGGUCCCAGCUUCCACGAGGACCCCGGCGCCUGCAUUCUCGCUUCAUUGCAGGACGUCUGGCCCGUGACCCUGCGGCCCAAGGGACUGGGGCGAACACGAGGCCUGGGCAGCGGCGGCUACCGCCUGUGCCUGGGUUCGGGGGUGCUGAGCCUGCUGCGGAAGCCCAAGGGCACAGGCUCUGGGGACACCCAGGCUUCGCCGCCGCCGCCCGCCCUGCGCCUGCCCCUGCUCAGUGUGCGCCGCUGCGGCCACGCAGACUCUUUCUUCUUCCUGGAGCUCGGCCGCUCGGCGCCCACGGGUCCCGGGGAGCUGUGGCUACAGGCGCCCGACGCCGAGGUGGCCCAAAGCAUUCAUGAGACCGUACUGGCCGCCAUGAAGCGACUCGGGGAUGGCGGUGCCGGUGGCAGGGCUGAGCCACCGCCAAGGAAUGCCCCCGCAAGCGCUUACAGACCCUCCGCCUCCCAACCUUAUGCAGCCCUGGCCUCGGCAGCCCAGUCAAGCGGCCAGAGCCAUUGCAGGGGCCUGGCGGAGAGAAGGGGGAAAGCAGCCCUCCGGAUGCGGACGGCCGCAGCCUCGCCGCCCGAGGGCUUGGAGCGGGGAGGGGGCUACGUAGCCAUGGGAGCCCGGAGCGACUACGAGCCCAUGGGGGGUGGCGAAGCAGGUGGCUACAUGGUGAUGGCGCCCCCUCGCCUUGCGGCCUCUGCCCCCGCAGCUCCCCGCUACCCGCGCCAAGGUGGCGGGGGCACCGAAUACGUGCCCAUGAGCCGCUUUCCGCCAGGGUCCUUGUCCUCGAGCUCCCUGCCCUGUUUCUAUAAGCUCGGGGCUGGGGAGCCUGGACCUUCCUUCCAAGGCCCCCGCCGCAGCAUCGGGGAACGUUGGGGACCAGCAGGGGCUCACUCCUCCUUGCAGCCGCCCUCCGAGCUAGCAGGGGAGUACGUGUGCAUCAAGUACGUGGCGCCGGACUACUUAGGAAUGGGCACCGCCAUUCAAGAACCCCCCAACGGCCACCUCAACUACGUGGACCUGGACCUGAUCCCUCCGCUGGAGGCUCGAGGCGACGCCCCCGGGGCCAGCAGGAGCCGCCAGCACAGCUAUGCCUGCAUCGAGUUCCAGAACCUCAGAGAAGCUCCGAGUUCCUGCAGCAUCACUCCAGAGUCUCAGGUCAGCCUUGGCCCCUGACCCCGCCUCCAACGACUUGUCCCACAUGGACCUGCUCCUCCCCAGCCCGCACCUGCAGGGCCGGGCGGCCUAAGAACCAGUCCCCCGCCCCAGGGCGCCAGAGCAAGAAGGCUGAAGUACCAGGUAUCUUACCUCUACUGCU